AUGCACAGAUGUAUUCAGAUCAGAGGCGUGUCCAGAGAAGGCCCAAGGAGAUCAGUGCUCCCAAUGGAUGUAUACCAACACUCUCCAACACGACUUCAAGGGAUUGAGGAUACUUUUGCUGGAUUGCAGACAGCGCGGUUUUCUAUACCACGUUCAGGAGAAAGCACCAUACUCAGGAUAUCAGGUCUCACAACCAGAGUCAUCGAAAGAAUGCUCCGUAGGCUUCUAUCAGGCACCGCCAUCGUCUCGGCAGCGCCGAGAGCGAACGGAGACGAAUACACGUCGAACAGCAGAUACAAACUCAGCUCGUUCACCUUUACGAAACUUCACCUAACCAGUUCACCCCUGGAUCUGUCGCGGCGCAACCAAAGCACACAACCGGGUACCACCGACGACGACAUCCGGGUACCGACACCAUCAACAAUGCCAUCACAUCUUUCUGAGACCAAUUCCGAGGCCGAUGCCACCAUGGCCGACAGCUGGAGUCUCGACAGAGAUGCACAACUGAACCGCGAGUACACUCUCGUAGACAACGGCAACGAGGCUAGCGAACCGGGCUACGAUGUCAUUCCCGACAUCCGCACCACCCUGGUCGAAAAGAACCCUAAGAAACCUCCUCAUCCUCUCGACCACUACGCCGACGACCGCAGCUACAUCAGAAAGCUCGCAGAGCGCAUGGAGUUCUGGGUGUCGGACCCGGCAGCACGCCUCAGGGGCGGCAAGCAACGAGCAUCCGGCGAACGCAGCGACGAAGAUCGGGUCGCACAAAAGCAGACCGAAGACGCAACCUGGGUCGAUAACGUCAAGAGCGACAUAAGAUGUUUGUGUGACAACAUGGGCGUCGGUCAGAAUCUUCUCGAUGACGAGCUGCAGCGUUUGAGAAUUGCGUUCUUUGCUGAGUGCCGGGAAACGUUGGAGAAGAUCGAGGUUGAGGGCCAUGGUGUCGGCCUUGCUCAGUUCCAGACUGUGGUCCGUACCCUGCUGGUCGGACAUGACUUGAAGCUUUCAGCAGAGGGUAUCAAGAUCAUGAAUGAGAUGGCCACUGACAAGCAAAUCCUUCAAAACCAACACAGUUUCAGCUUUGAAGAACAAAGAGACAUCAGCAAGUUUGCUCUCCAGAUGAUGGCCUGUUUGUCCAAAUGGGAACACGACCUUCUUCGAAACCGCCUGCUCGCCAAGUUGAGUCCCGAGCAAAGAGAAAUCUGCAUCCGCAAGAAGCUGGAUCCCGUCCGUCGCUACUUCAACAACCGCGCCAUCCAGUCAUUCGCCAAAGGAAAGAAGAAACUCAUGGAAGAAGAGCUGGUGAAACUCUUGGAAGAAGAAAAGAAGCACUGCAAUAAACUUUGGUUGGAAGAUCUGGAAAGUCAACAGAAGUAUCAUGAAGAACAGGUGGAAAUUCUUGGAGAACAGCUGAGGCGUCACAAGCAUUGA